AGAAAAUGAAUGCGGCAAUAGAUUCAGAAGAAGCUUAUGACAUACGUUCUCACUUACAUAAUAUAUAUGAAUAUUUAUUUGAUGGUAGUAUAGGCGCGCCGGUUAUUGAAAAAUUACAGAAUGGAGCUAAAGUUUCCCCCGAAUAUCCAAAUACUGCUUUCUACGGUGCUGAUUCUAUUACACCAAAUUCUAAUGGAAAUAUUACAUAUAUUGAAUGCAAUCUUUUAGAAAAACUACCGUUUCCUGAUGAAGAGUUUGAUUAUAUUUUUUCCAGAGAUUAUGUAAAUUUUUUUAAAAAUGAUGGGUUUCAUGGGUUUUUAUCAGAAGUUAUUCGAAUAUUAAAGCCUGGAGGUUGGUUUGAGGUUGCAUUUUCAGCUAGACAAAUUCUUGAUGGUGGGCCUGCCUUUCCAUUAUGGAAUUCUGCAUGGUUAUCGUGGUUUAAAUCAAAUAAUAUCAAUAAUGAUUUCAUGUUACAUUUAGAAGAUUACCUUCAAAAGACCCAAAAAUUUGAAUGUAUAGAACAUCAAACAGCAAAAUUUUUUCUGGGAAAGGGUAAUAAUGAAAUGGGAGAAUUUGCUGAAGAUUUUUUUUUUCACGUGUUAAAAAAUUUGAAAGUACAUUUACUUCCUUAUUUGGGAAUUUCAAAUAAUGCAUAUGAUGAUUUAGUCAAGGAGAUUGAAAUUGAUCUUAAAAGUGGAAAGAGCAAGCCGUAUAAUUGCUAUCAUAGAAUAUUUGGAAAAAAGAAGGAACUUCUUGAUAAG